AUGGAACCAGUCCUCCGAAAAGUCAUUCCCCACAAGGAAGCCCUGAGGUUCAGCCACGGUAAUGCAGAGGAGGAAAUGCCCUCAAUUCACUUGCGACACCUGUCCGGGCCCCCAGGUCUCUCCUCGCGCCCAGACCCCUGCCCUAGCUCCCCGCCCCCUGUGCCCCAAUCCCCGCCCUCUCCCCGCCCUGCCCCCUCCCAGACGGCCGUCGCCCCGGAGGUCCCCAGGGCCCAGACCCCUCGCGCGUCCUGCGAGUGGCUCUCUGGAGCCUGGACGGGCGGCGCGGGGAGGCCCGUCGCGGCGCGGGGAGGCCCGUCCUGGCGCGGCCUCUCCCCCAUCAUCACACCCCGCGGGCUCCAGGGACUCCCCGCCCCCGGAAACAGCGGAGAAACUAGGCCGGGAACGCCAGCCCUGGCCACUAUCCGCCUCCUUGGCUACCCCCCGCAGGCGGGCCAUCGGAACUCAACCCUCCGAGUUGCUACCUGUCCGGCGCCCUCUCAGCCCGGGAGCGCGGGCCGAGUGGAGGCGCGCCGCAGGGUUCGUCCGCGAAAGGUCCUCCACCGCAGACUCACCUGCCGCCUGCUCCACCUUCAGUGCCACCCAGAAACAGCCCCUUGCUGGGGCAUGAAAGCGCCGGCUACGCGGCCUGCGCGCCCUCGCCACAGCCGGGCGGGGGGACUUGCUCCCGCGGCCGCCGCCGCCACGGCCCGAUCUGCGCCUGCGCCGCCUGACGGGCUCGCGCGAGCUCGCGCGGGCGCUUCGGCUCUCCCGGGUCCGGCGGUGCGGGCGGCGGGUCGCCUAGUAGCAGCCGGCUGCAGUGCCGUCCCGACAGCUGACGGCCAUAUUCCUGUUCCCUUUUCUUUUUUUCUCCCCCUCCUUCCGCCCUUUUCCACAGAACAGCACUUUCCUUUUCCCCCUCCCUCUCCCUUUCCUACUGCGGGGGUGGGUGGAAAAGGGCGUGGGGGGAGGGGUGGAAAAGGGAGGCCGCGGGGGCGGGGCAGUGCUAGAGUCCCGCCCCCGGGGAGGGCCGAGGCCGCGCGGUCACUGCUCCCCUCCCCCCGCCUCCCGCCGCGACCCCCGCGGGGUGCGAGGUCCCAGCCCGGCCCCCUUGGAGCCCCUCCUCCGCAUUCGCUCCGCGGGUCCCUCGCCGAAAAGGAGCUGGGAGUGAAGGAAGGGCCCAGGGCGCUACUCUGCUGCCCUUCUUGCGGGGCUCCGACUCUGUGUGGUGUGGGUUUAUCGCCCCGGCCUCAGGCAGGUGGCGGCUGCUCCUCUAGGGUUUAUCAAAAACGGGGAAAGGGACACCGAGUCCCUCAGUCCUGGGAGAAGAAUGCUGAGCGGGAUUCACGUCCCUGGACGAGAAGUUUUCCUUUCCGGGGGGAAGCCAGCUACCAUGUCAUCAGGCAGCUCUGUGAAGGAGUUCAGAAGUGUAUCCUUGCCAAGUUGAGCCUUGAGAGGACUGUGGCCACAGCCAACACCUCUAUUUUAGCCUCCUGACAGACCCCGAGCCAGAAUCACCCAACUAAGCUGCUUCUGCUUUCUUUACUCACGGAAACCGUGAGAUAAAUAUUUCUUGUGGGGUGCCUGGGUGGCUCAGUCAGUUGAGUAUCCGACUCUUGAUUUCGGCUCAGGUCAUGAUCUCACAGUUCGGUUUGUGAGUUCAAGCCUAGCAUCAGACUCUGCACUGGCAAGAUCAGCUUUGGUGAUUUCAUAAUUGAGUAUGGAGGAGAAACUCGUAAAUUCUUAGCUCUUUAUUUUCCCAGUCAAAAUAAAUUAACUCUUGAUUCUCUAGGAUAGCCUCCACAGCAUGCAAAUCUGAUCCUGAUCUCUACUUUCCGAUGUGUAAUCCACAUGUUCUACACUGGUGAGUUAUUUGGGUCCAGCCCCUUACUCUUCAUUUCAUUUUUGAAAACAUAGGAUUUGAAGGCCUGUUGAUUCAUGCCCACAGGCACUCUGAUAUACUUCUGGAAAGAGUUUUAAGUAAGAAUAUCAACAAACACAAGAUCUGCAUUAUUCAUAUGAUAUCUAAAUGACCCAGUGUGUCCUACUCUCCACAGGGAGCAUUAGCACACUCUCUUUGUGCCCCCCUCCAGUAUCUUUAUCUGGCUGUGGACUCUGUAUCAUCAUCCACAGAAUGGCCUCAUCGAGAGUCUUUUGGAGUUACUCAGCAUAUUCUUCAUCCAAUUCUCUUUACUAGGCCUACGGGCCAAACAUAGCUGGACUAGCAGUGUGAAGGACGGGCACAAGGCUCUUGGUCUUGAGUCAAAGUGGAGUAAACGAUCCUGAGAACAAUGUCCUAACAUCAUAAAGAAGAGUAGGGAUUAACAAAGGGAGAAAAACAGAGAAAGAAAUAAUGGGUAGAGAGGUUGACAAGAAGACACCUUAUAUGAACAUCUGAGACACAAGACCAGCUGUCCAUGGCUGGAUUUCAUGGGCUCCCUACAGGAUUUUAAGUCGAGGGCAGAGUCCUCUACCCUCAGGCUUUCCCCACUCCUGGGGAGCAGUGUCUGGGCUCACUUGAACACCACUCUAGCACCCAACACCUCCAAAUAUGGUUAGUCUCCCUAACUAACAUACGUCUACAUUCAUCCAUCCAGGUAUAUUCCUAGUUUCCCACUUUUACUGUUGCCUAUCCUGACUAGAGUUCAACUCUAACCUGCUUACCUUUUUCUGAGCCUUAAUUCUUUUAUUCCUCACAUCAUAGC